CCCCACCCCAUGUCAACGGCCACCGCGCCGUCUCCGUCCCCGUCCCCUUCUCCCUCGUCUGGAACUCGCCCUCUGCUCCGGAUCGGCGCGGCCCGUCGUUUCGCCAUGGCAUUUCCGCCAUGGGCGGCUCUGCUCUUUGCGGGGGUUCUGGUGGUGGUGUUGGCGGCGGCGGGAGCGGAAGCGGGAGGAGGGAGCGUCUGCUUCGACCGGAUGUUCAGCUUCGGAGACUCGCUCACGGAUACCGGCAACUUCCUGCUCUCCGUGCCCGAUGACUUCCCGGACCCCGCGCGGAACCUUCCCUACGGCCAGACCUUCUUCGGCCGCCCCUCCGGCCGUUACUCCGACGGCCGCAACCUGCUCGACUUCUUCGCGGAGGCAUUUGGGCUGCCGUAUGUGCCACCAUACCUAGGCGGCGGGGACUUCCAGAAUGGUGCAAACUUUGCGGUCGGCGGGGCAACUGCCCUCAAUGGCUCGUUCUUCCGUGAACGCGGCGUGGAGCCUACAUGGACGCCUCACUCCCUUGAUGAGCAGAUGCAAUGGUUCAAGAAGCUUCUCACAUCCAUUGCACCGUUGGAGACAGAGCAAAACAAAAUAAUUUCCAAGUCACUUUUCUUUGUGGGAGAGGUCGGUGGAAAUGAUUACAACCAUUUAAUCGUUAGGGAUAAAUCUGUUGAUGAGCUACAUGAAGUUGUUCCUAAUGUUGUUGGUGCCAUAAGCUCGGCCAUCACGGAUCUUAUAAAUCUUGGAGCAAAGAAGUUAGUUGUUCCAGGGAACUUCCCAAUAGGGUGCGUCCCAUUAUAUCUUGCAAUCUUUCAGAGCCAAAAAGAGGAUUACUAUGAGGAACAAACAGGCUGCAUUAAGUGGCUCAAUGAUUUUGCUGAGUACCAUAAUAAGAUGCUUCAGGAGGAGUUGGAGAAACUCAGGAAUCUUCACCCUGAUGUGACCAUCAUUUAUGCUGAUUACUAUGGUGCUGCAUUGAACAUAUUCCGUGCCCCACUCCAGUUUGGUUUCACAGUCCCAUUGAAUGCGUGUUGUGGAAGUGAUGCCCCAUACAACUGUUCCCCUUCAAUAUUGUGCGGGCGUCCUGGAUCUACAGUGUGUCCUGACCCAUCAAAAUACAUCUCAUGGGACGGCUUACACUUCACUGAGGCGAGUUACAAAGUUGUCAUUCAAGGAGUACUUGGGGGGUAUGCCAAGCCUCCCCUUUCAGAAACCUGCAAGGGUGCGGAAUUCAAAGUUUCUCAGCUUCACCAAUGUACAGAUAAUCCAACAAACACUGUGUCAUACGAUGCUUUGAGCUCUUUUAUUUGAUCUGCUCGUAAAAGAAGUGCAUUUAGAGUUACAGUGGGCAGCAUAGAUGAUGUUGCAGGACCGAACAUCUUGGACACUUUCUCAAAGCCGAGAAGAGAUCCAUCGAUGUAGGGUCAUUCAGUUCUACAAUCUACAAUCCACUUGGCUGCUGGGAGGAGGAGAAAAAAUGGGAGGGGAGUUUGUAGUGCAGAAAUUUGCGAUUGCUUAGUGCACUACUUUGCUCUGCUAUGUUUUUCUUAGCAGCUUACUGCUGCAGGCUGUAGAAGGGACAACGAAAGUUGACAGUCUCUGCAGGUGGUCAUACUACUAUAUAGGAACCUAGAUCUUUUAAAUCAGCUCCUGAGGGAAAUGUAUGCAGUACUUGAUAUGGUCUCAAUUGCCUUUUAACGGAUACAAGCAUAUAUACAUUGUAGCUUCAUUGAUUCAAAUUGUCUCGCUUGAUUUAUAAUGUAAAAGUAUUGUUCG